UAACCGCGUUUUCUGAUUACAGUUUAAUGUAACGGUAAGCUGACAACAUCGGUAAUUAUCACCGCAACUGCAAAUUAAUCACACAGAGAUAACGGGGCCUAACCCUGAACUCUGAGUUGAUUAACCCCAAGUUAGGAAACUCGAGUUUUCGGCUGCAGAACAGCUGAUCUGAGCUGGUUCAAUCAACUAGUUAGGUUAGAUUCACAGAGUCAGGCCCCGUUUACACGAAGGGAAAACACAGAUAUUUCAACUCGUUAAGUAAACGCAGGUUUAAGCCAUUCCCUCCGCUGAGAAUAUCAUUAAUAUACUCUAUGAAUGAUUAAGCCAAAGGGUUUUGUCGGUUUCUAAAAACUCUUGCCUUCCUAAGAGACCUGUGGCAUUAACAACUGUGAUGCAGUUGUAUCAAGUAUCAGUACCACACUGCCACCACCAUCAUCAUGGUAACAUUGGUCAAUUUAUUUAAUUGAAAGUGGAAUGACCUUAAUGACUUGCACACUCAGUAUUUAAUGCAUUCAAAUAAUUUUCUCAUGUUCACAUUUCAGUUGGAUAGCCUGUCAUGUCUCGGGUUCUUUCCAAUUCUCGUAAUUGGGAAGAAUUGCAAGGGAAGAAUUGUUGCCGAAGUUAAGUACAGCCUGGACUUUAAGCUGCCCGAGGACUUGGAGGACAAGUUAAAAAAAGUUUUUGAAAAUAUUUUGAGAGUUUAUUGUGGAAGAGCCAACAGAGAGGCCCCCUCCACCUCCUCCGGGCAGGAAGAGGAGGCGCCCCCGGCCCCCUCCACCUCCUCCGGGCAGGAAGAGGAGACGCCCCAGGCCCCCUCCACCUCCUCCGGGCAGGAAGAGGAGACGCCCCAGGCCCCCUCCAACUCCUCCGGGCAGGAAGAGAAGGUGCCCCAGGCCCCCUCCAACUCCUCCGGGCAGGAAGAGAAGGUGCCCCAGGCCCCCUCCACCUCCGGGCAGGAAGAGAAGGUGCCCCAGGCCCCCUCACCUCCUCCGGGCAGGAAGAGAAGGUGCCCCAGGCCCCCCAGGCAGGACAUGGAGACUAUGAGCUGUGAGGAGUGUGAUGAUAAGGGGAAGCGAGGAAUCUUCCCCUACUCACGCAUUAUGAAAAAGAGAGGAAGGAAAGUCCUUAUGGAAUGGCAACCAUGUGGGACAUGUAAAAGAACAUGGGAGCCGACGUGGGAGCCAAAGUCAGCCAUUGCAGUUAAAAAAAGAAAUGGAGUCUGAGGAAGAGACGGGGUGCAAGAGAACAGGGACACAGUGAAAGAGAACAGGGAGACGAGGUGCAAGGGGCCAGGGGGACAGGGAGAAAGAGGACAGGGGAACAGGGAGAAAGAGGACAGGGGGACAGGGUGCAAGGGGACAGGGUGCCUUGUUAUGUAAAGGUAAUCUUUGUAAAUACAAUUGUUUCAAAAAUAUUUGGUGUAUCAUGUUUAAAGUGAAAUACUUUCAUUGCAUCACAAUAUGCCAGAUGGGAUACCGAAAGCAAUCCUAAAGGAAUCCCAUUUUGCUGCAGUUCAAUGUUGCCGCUGUAUACAGCAUUAUGUAAAAAGGUCAAUGUAUUUCUCAAA